UAGAACACGCGCGAGCACGCCCACAUCGAGCACACUACCUGCAAUGGCAACUUCUUCUCCCUCGCCUACGGUAAUCCAGAUGCCUCCACCGACGGCGACCAAGGACGUCGACGACGACGGCGAGAUAACACCCGCCGGCACGGAACCGCCCACGGCAACACCUACCAUGGACAGGGUCAUGUCGAGCGUCACGAACCUUGCGCAGCUCCUGCCGACGGGCACGGUGCUGGCGUACCAGGCGCUGUCCCCGUCCUUCACCAACCACGGCAAGUGCGAGGCCUCCAACCAGUGGCUCACCGUGGCACUGGUCGCCAUCCUCGUCGUCGUGUGCCUCUUCUUCUCCUUCACCGACAGCCUCGUGGGCCGCGACGGAAAGCUCUACUACGGCGUCGCCGCGCCCCGUGGCUUCAACGUGUUCAACUUCCCCGGCGAGGACGAGAACCGGGAGUGGGACAGGGACGAGCUCUGGAGUCUCCGCCUCCGGCCGCUGGACUUCGUGCACUCCUUCUUCGCCGCCGUGGUUUUCCUCACGGUGGUGUUUAGCGACGUGGGGCUGCAGAACUGCUUCUUCCCCGACGCAAAUAGGAACACCCAGGAGCUCCUCAAGAACCUCCCGCUGGGCAUGGCGUUUCUGUCCACCUUUGUGUUCACCAUCUUCCCCACCAAAAGGAAGGGCAUCGGAUUCAGCGACAAUACUCCUGGCAGGAAGGUCGAUCAUUCAAUUUAAUCAAGUUCGAUUCCCAUAUUUUUUUGAAGAAAAACAAGGAGCUAGGGAAAACGUAGCAGGAACUGCAAACAAUGAAAUGUGUAAUAGAAGUUGUCGAUUGUAUCGAAAGAGAAAAUAAUCGUGGGUUUUCGAAGGAUA